AUGUCAACAUCCGACAAGCCUAUUCAAUACGAAACGCUUCAAAAUGUCGUCAAAACAGACACAAACUGUACAUUUGAGGAGCCUCCUGGUCGCCAAUCAGACGUCCGCGACUGUCUGAUACCAUCUGGCUCCUCGUCUUCGGACCCAAAACGCCAGAACUGGAGGCAACAUUGGAAGAGGAUUGGACUUGCGAGCAUCGCUGCAAUAGUAUUCGGCACUGUGGUGAUGUUUGCCUCGUUAGCGAUUCUCGUCUUUCUCUGGCAGGGCGCUCAACUCGCUGAGCGUCGUCAAGAGCCAGUCCUUUGGCAGACCAUUGUCUUUCACGGCUGGGCACCUCAAGUUGUCACUGUUUGCUCCGCUGCGAUUCGUAUCGUCAUGGGUUUGCAAAACGGCUUCGUGGUUGCAGCCGUGGCAGCCAUCAUGCUGGAAACUUUAGGUGCUUCACUCGUCGACACGGCCAUGCUGUCGGUUGAGAGAGCCCUGGGAUCAAGCCCUCUCAACCUUUUGCCUCCAGCUCUAAGGCGAUGCUCCACCAGAGAGGACCGUAUUUCAGCCAUAAUACACCUUUUACUGGUAAUGACUGCCCUAGUCAUUAGUCUGGCUUCAACCUUUACCUCGACCAUUCUCCUCUCUGACUUUAGGUCUGGCUUGGUUGCAUCGCCCUCUGUCACGGCCAAGACAGGAAUCGACUUUGCCACAGCGGGAGGGUAUCGAUAUUUUGGAACGUCUGUUAUAAAGUCAAGGCCCGUGGCCAACUGGCGAUUCGCCGAAGCCAAAGAUGGCGCCCUCUCUACCAAGGGCGACACAGGCGACACAUACCGUUCCAUGAUGCCCUUUCAAGAUGUAGACUCGAGGAGACUACUCGAGUUCUACUCCGGACCUGCCGCCGUCACAAACUUCAGGACCUUUUGCGUCGCCCCAGAGUUUCGAAACUUGACUCUUGCUCGCAUCCAAGUCCCGGAUAACGGCGGCGAGAGGAGCCUCAACGUCCUCGCCGACCUACUUCCCAGCACGGAUUGGAAGUUAAAGUAUGAGCCCUUCAUCGGCACCGACAAGCCUAGUCAAAUAAAGGCUCGACUGCUCGAUAAUUGGCAUGCCUCUUCGCCGCCUAGCUGGCCGCUGACACUCUACUACUCUCUUGGCGACACGUUUAAGCCCGAGAAUCAAUCAACUACUUGGCCCUAUUUCUUCCACCGGGCCUUUCUCUUUAACUCGACUGUGCUCCUUAAUGAGACCGAUAGGUGGAGUGACGACCUGCCUGAGGCACUGCGUAAUCUCACCACAAAGAAGCAAGGCUUGUGGACAAAGGUCAUGAAUGCCGACGGAGUCGAGGUUUUCAGUGCUACCGAAUUCUACUUCAACAAUGCUGGACCGCGGCUGUACAAUGUUACCAUGUCUGGCCGCGGUAUACAAUCUGAGCCUACUGGAGACUGGCGCCGUGGACCAGGUCGUGGGAACCAGAUGGAUACACUCCAUCAGAUGGGCGUCGGAGCUGCUUUUGAAGAUCGUGGUAUCUUAGAGCUCAACAUAGGCUCUCACCUUCCCGAAGAUAACAGACCCUAUCAAAUGCCCCUUGGCCCUACUGCUCUAUCAGCCUCAGGUACCUCAUCUUACUCCGUCACUCAAUACUCCUGGGCCUUUAGCGACUCCUGGAUGACCACCAUGUCCAUGGGCUCGAUGGAGUUCCCGCACCCGGCUCACUCAUCCGUCUUUCAGAGUAUCAUCCAGCAGACUGAGGAUCCGGCCCAGGCAGUGCAGGCCUUGAUGACUCGACUGUAUCAAAUGCAGUACUAUGAUUUUCUGCCAGAUUUUGAUUACAAACAAACCACCGAGACGAUGUACUCGACCGAGAGGAUCAUCCCGUCACGGUGGACAGGGCUUGUCGUCGUCUUCUGCCUCGUGGCGGUUCACCUCCUACUGGUCUUGGUUACGAUGGUGCUCUUCAUUUCUCGGACGAGGGGUUCUGCGCUUGGGAACAUCUGGCAGGCUGUCUCCCAGAUGGCUUCUCCCGCAACGAGGCAAAUUCUUGAGUCGACAGAUUCUAAACGAGAUGAUGAGGUGAGAUCCUCCGUCAAGAUAAUGGGCAAGGAUGCUGGGGUAUAUGGCAUGUCACGGUCAGUUGAGACGGGGAGGAUGGAGAUUCAGCUUCGGGAGAGAAAGGAGAUUAUGGACUCGAAAUUGUUACCAUGA